AUGUGCAUAAACACAGUCUCAGGACUAACAAUAGUCGUCUUUGAUCAAGUUAUUAGCUUCGGGCUCGAGAUACGACGGACGUCAACACGGAAGUACUUCGUUGGAACUGCUGCUUAUGUUAUGUUACGCUAUGCUGGUCUUCUCUGGGCCAUGUUAGUUGACGACGAUCAGACUUUUGUUAGUGACGCCAUAAGUACCUCUUGUCGGAUGUUGACUCUCGUUCAAAAGGCCUCAAUAUGGGUGUUCCAGCAACAGGAUACGGCCGGUGACACUGACAUGCGCGUGCUUGCUAGGUGCUAUCAAGUAUAUAACGUACAACAAGUCACUAAAUAUAUAUUGACUUGUCUCCUACAAGGGAUGAUGGCGAUGCGGGUGUGGGUCCUCCUGGGCACGCCGCGCAAAGUUUAUGUCAUUCUUCUCACGGCCUUCAUCAUCUCCCAAGGACUCUCGCUGGUGGAUGAUAUGUUGUCCAUAUUGGCAUACGCAGGAGGAUCAGACCACCUCAACGAGCACGUUGUCGAAGGGUGCUCGCUCAGAAAUACUACCCCGUCAUGGAAUAGAUGGCUGGCCCCAUGGUCAAAAGGGUCGCUCGUCGCUUUUGAGCUUCUACUCUGCUUAUUUGCUAUAAUUCACAUUAUCAAAAGAGCUAGGACCCAUGGUGCCUCGAGUUAUAUCUUCGGUAAUGUGGUAUCUACUCUCAUCCGGGGCAACUUGCUGUACUUCUUUCUGGCAUUCUUCGUUCUCCUAGUUACUGCACUUGAAGAGAUCCAGUGGGUCGAUUCAUCCAAGGGUUUAUACUGGAUCACGUUUUCUGCACUCAAGUACAUUUUCUACGGUGUCAUUGGGCCGUGGAUGAUGCUCGAUAUACGCAAGGAGGCAUAUGGAGAGCAUGCCGUGUCCAAUACAGCCAACCUGAAGCUGUCGCUACUUCCGCGUUGGACUAUUAUAUCCGAUAGCAGUUACGGAGAGCUUCCAAGCCCUCUGAAUUCCUUCUUGUGUGGGUAUCCUACGUGUUACUUUUCGAAAUCCCCUAUCUACAUCAGCCCUUCUAGUUUGCUACUAUGA